AUGCUGUUCGGAAGCUCCAGGCUGAGCGCAACGCGGCAGCCGCUGCGAAAAAAGGCCUCCCUGACCGAAUCAUUCGAUACAACUCUUUACGAUCGUGAUGGAGCCGACAAAUACGCGGGCUAUAGUACCUCCAUCGCUGUCGACGAUGGCGACGAGGAUAUGGAGGAUGCGGAUGGCAGCCAUCGCUUAGUUGGACAGUAUACCGCGACGCGAAGCCAGAUCGAUGAGUUUGCCCGAGGAAAUGGCGUCGAAGAGGAGGACAUUCUGCUAGGACGGGAGAAAGCAGCUAGGAUCUCUGAUCGAGAGACGGACUAUCAGAAGCGACGCUUCAACCGCGGACCGUUGACGCCCACCCGGGCCGACCCCUUUGCUGCGAACACCCAUGCCAACCUUGAAGGAGAUGGCCAGACUUACCGUGAAGUUAUGGCUCUUCGUGAGCUUGAAAAAGAAGAAGAGCGUGUUCAGAAGCUGAUCGCAGAGAAACAGGAGCAUGGUGAGAACGGCGUUGCGGAACACGAGCCCACCCUGAGCCUGGACGAUAAGGAGAACGCGGAGGCCGGCUCGACUGUGUCCGUUGUCACCGGUCGCAAACGCAAACAACGCUGGGAUGUGGCUCCCGAGGCCGAUGAGGCUGCUGCCACCCCCGCUUCUGAUGAUGCGAAGGCAAAAAAGUCGCGUUGGGACCAAACCCCGGCUCCUGGUGCGGCUGAUGAAGCCCCAAAGCGCCGAUCACGAUGGGACCAGGCGCCGGCGAUCUCAGCGGCAACGCCCGUCAAUGGUAGUGCGGGCCUCGCGACUCCCAUGCAUCCUUCUCAAGUAGGUGUACCUACAAUUCCAACCAGUUUUGGAACCGAUAUCUCCGGCCGCAAUGCUCCUUUGUCAGACGAGGAGCUCGACAUGAUGCUGCCGUCAGAGGGCUACAAGAUUUUGGAGCCGCCUCCAGGCUACGCCCCUAUCCGGGCACCGGCGAGGAAGCUCAUGGCAACUCCAGCACCUGCUGCUAGCUCGACGGGUCUUGGUGGGUUCAUGAUGCAGGAGCCUGAGAGCGCACGAUCCCUUGGCAAGCAGCUCCCCACUGAAAUUCCCGGAGUGGGCGACUUGCAGUUCUUCAAGCCAGAGGAUAUGGCGUACUUUGGGAAGUUGAUGGAAGCUGGUGACGAAUCAAGCAUGUCAGUGGACGAGCUGAAAGAGCGGAAGAUUAUGCGAUUGCUGCUCAAAGUCAAGAACGGCACACCUCCGAUGAGAAAGACUGCUUUGCGUCAACUCACCGACAACGCCCGCCAGUUUGGAGCUGGUCCGUUGUUCAACCAGAUUCUCCCGCUGCUCAUGGAGAAGUCCCUUGAGGACCAGGAGCGCCACUUGCUGGUCAAGGUCAUCGAUCGCGUCCUUUACAAGCUAGACGACCUUGUCCGACCAUAUGUCCAUAAGAUCUUGGUUGUUAUUGAGCCGUUGCUUAUUGAUCAAGACUACUACGCCCGUGUCGAGGGUCGCGAAAUCAUCUCCAACCUGGCCAAGGCCGCUGGUCUCGCAACCAUGAUUAGUACUAUGCGUCCGGAUAUCGACCAUGUUGACGAAUAUGUACGAAACACCACCGCUCGAGCCUUUGCCGUUGUCGCAUCUGCUCUCGGCAUCCCCGCCCUCCUUCCCUUCCUCCGCGCUGUGUGCCGCAGCAAAAAGUCAUGGCAAGCUAGACACACUGGUGUCAAGAUCGUGCAGCAGAUUCCCAUCCUUAUGGGCUGUGCCAUUCUUCCUCAUCUGAAAGGCCUUGUUGAUUGCAUCGCCGAUAACCUCAGUGAUGAACAGGCCAAGGUUCGAACCGUUACUGCGCUGGCUGUCGGUGCGCUUGCCGAGGCGGCCAAUCCAUAUGGUAUCGAGAGUUUCGAUGAGAUUCUCAACCCUCUGUGGACUGGUGCUCGGAAGCAGCGAGGUAAAGGUCUGGCUGCUUUCCUCAAGGCCGUUGGUUACAUUAUUCCUCUGAUGGACGAGGAGUAUGCAAACUACUAUACCGGUCAGAUUAUGGAAAUUCUUCUCCGAGAAUUCUCGUCCCCUGACGAGGAAAUGAAGAAGGUCGUCCUAAAGGUGGUAUCGCAAUGCGCCAGCACCGAUGGUGUGACGGCCAGCUACCUGAAGGAACAUGUUUUGACCGAUUUCUUCAAGAGUUUCUGGGUUAGACGUAUGGCACUUGACCGGAGGAACUACCGCCAAGUAGUCGACACCACGGUCGACCUAGGACAGAAGGUGGGCGCAGGUGAAAUCCUGGAGCGGACCAUCAACAACUUGAAAGACGAGAGCGAGCCGUACCGAAAGAUGACCGUGGAAACAGUGGAGAAGACCAUUGCUUCUCUUGGAGCUGCUGACAUCUCCGAGAGACUGGAGGAACGACUUAUCGAUGGUGUUCUGUAUGCUUUCCAGGAGCAGAGCAUCGAAGAUAUUGUUAUCCUGAACGGUUUCGGCACGGUAGUGAACGCCCUUGGUACGCGAUGCAAGCCCUACCUCCCUCAGAUCGUCAGUACCAUUCUUUGGAGGUUGAACAACAAGUCGGCCACUGUCCGUCAACAAGCAGCAGAUCUCAUUUCGCGAAUUGCUCUGGUCAUGAAACAAUGCGGAGAGGAUGCUCUGAUGGGCAAGCUAGGUAUUGUGCUCUACGAAUACCUCGGUGAAGAAUACCCAGAGGUGCUUGGUUCUAUCCUUGGAGCUCUUCGCUCCAUCGUUACCGUCGUUGGUAUCAACCAGAUGCAGCCGCCCAUUCGCGACUUGCUCCCCCGCCUCACCCCCAUUCUACGAAACCGUCACGAGAAGGUCCAAGAAAACACCAUCGAUCUCGUCGGUCGUAUCGCCGACCGUGGACCAGAGUCCGUCAACGCUCGCGAGUGGAUGCGCAUUUGCUUCGAACUGUUGGACAUGCUCAAGGCGCACAAGAAGGGUAUCCGUCGUGCCGCAAACAACACAUUCGGGUUCAUCGCCAAGGCAAUUGGUCCUCAGGAUGUGCUGGCCACGCUGCUCAACAAUCUUCGCGUGCAGGAGCGUCAGUCGCGUGUGUGUACCGCAGUCGCCAUCGGUAUCGUCGCCGAAACUUGCGCGCCAUUCACCGUCCUCCCUGCUCUGAUGAACGAAUACCGCGUGCCCGAACUGAAUGUGCAGAACGGUGUCUUGAAGGCCAUGACCUUCCUCUUCGAGUACAUUGGAGAGAUGGCCAAGGACUACGUCUACGCCGUUACUCCUUUGCUCGAGGACGCUCUCAUCGACCGCGACCAAGUGCAUCGCCAGACAGCCGCGACGGUCGUCAAACACAUUGCCCUAGGUGUCGUUGGUCUCGGAUGCGAAGACGCCAUGGUCCAUCUCCUCAACCUCGUCUUCCCCAACAUCUUUGAGACCAGUCCCCAUGUCAUUGACCGAGUCAUUGAAGCCAUCGACGCCAUCCGCAUGGCGGUCGGCACAGGAACAGUGAUGAACUACGUCUGGGCAGGCCUCUUCCACUCGGCUCGUAAGGUCCGCACACCCUACUGGCGACUGUACAACGACGCAUAUGUGCAGAGCGCAGACGCGAUUGUUCCUUACUACCCAGAAUUGGAGGACGAUGGACUCAAGAGGGACGAGUUGUUGAUGAUGAUUUAA